AUGAACAAGACCUCCCUGAGGCCCAUCUACCUGAGACCCAACUGGUCCAGUCAUGUCUUCUAUCAGCUUGUCCUCACUGCCUACACCUCCAGCACCAAAGUGCAAAGCGUUCUCAACUACACUCCACUUUGUGCUACUCCACUUUAUGCCUGCUUCCAUCUCAACUUCAGCUACCACAUCAAUGGAGCUUCUGUGCAACUGCAUGAAUCUGAGACCAACAUCAUCCCAUCUGACAUCAUGUCCUGGAUUUCAGCAGCCUGGACUGUGUACCUCAACUUCUUCUCAACCUUCACCCUGCUCCUCCAUCUCAACCUCCAUGGCAUCAGCUCCUAG